AUGACAACAUUAAUGAUUAUAAUUCUCAUCUCAACAUAUGUUGUUUUGGGUAUGAAGGUUAAUCCCUUACCGGCACCUAGAAAUAUUUUAUGGAAAGAUGAUUUAACCAUAAAAUUCGAUGAAAAUAUGCAAUUGAAUAUUAACGGAGAAAGUGCCAUUAUCAAGGGAGCAUUUCAUAGGACGCUCAACACUAUAAAGGAUUUGAAGUGGACCCCAGCAGCAACUGAAGUAGAAUAUUCUAGGUAUAAGCAAACAGUUCAGACCGUCAUGGAUAAAGCAAACGUAUCUACGGUAAAUCAACUAAACGUGAUAAUUAAUGAUUAUAAUUCACCACUACAAUUAGGUACAAAUGAAACUUAUGAGUUGAGAAUAGAUCGUCAACUGCAAGCAAUAAGAAUAGUAUCAGAGACAGUAUGGGGAGCGUUGCACGCAUUUAGCACAUUGCAACAAUUGGUUGUAUUUGACGAUGAUGAGGAAAUUUUUUACAUAGAAGGAUCACUUGAGAUAUGGGAUGCUCCAAUAUAUCAGCAUAGAGGGUUGAUGAUUGAUACUGGGAGAAACUUUUUAACUGUGGAGUCUAUUUUAGCACAAAUUGACAUAAUGUCUUUAAGUAAAAUGAAUUCUUUGCAUUGGCAUCUAGAAGAUUCCCAAUCAUGGCCCUUGUAUAUUUCCAGCUAUCCAGAAAUGACAGUGGAUGCAUAUUCGAAAGAGGAAAUAUACACCCCCGAGGAAAUAAGACACAUAGUACAGUACGCAUCUGAACGGGGUGUCAGAAUCAUACCAGAAAUAGACAUGCCGGGCCAUGCGAGAGCUGGAUGGAGACAGAUUGAUAGUGAGAUCAUUUCCUGUGGAGCUAUACCAUGGACACAUAACAUUGCUGUAGAGCCACCAGCAGGACAACUAGACAUUGCGAAUGACCAUACGUACACCGUUGUCAAAAAGGUUUAUGAUGAAAUAAGCUCUUUGUUUAAUGAUCAUGUCUUUCAUAUUGGAGCUGAUGAAGUUAACAAAGUCUGUUAUGAUUAUUCGAAUUAUGUUCAAGAUUGGUACAAAAGAAAUUCUUCGUUGACCGUUAAGGAUUUAAUGCAGCACUGGCUAGACAAGAGUUUACCGAUCUUUAGAAAUCGCAAGGGAAGACGUUUAACAAUGUGGGAAGACAUUGUCACAAGUACCAGCAGUGCAAUCAGAAUACCUAAGGAUGUGAUAUUGCAAUGUUGGAGGUUUGGGGAAAGUAGUAUCAAAGAGUUGACUGAUCUUGGAUAUGACAUUAUUAUAUCGACUGCAUCUCAUUUGUACUUAGAUUGUGGAUAUGGGGGAUUUGUGACCAAUGAUCUGAGGUAUAUUGAUUCAGAGAAAAAUAAAGAAUUUAAUCGAGGAAAUGGUGGCUCUUGGUGUAAUCCUUACAAAACCUGGCAGAGAAUUUAUUCCUAUGAUUUUGCUGCUAAUUUGAGUCAAGCACAAAAAGAUCACAUUUUAGGAGUUGAAGUAGCGCUAUGGUCUGAACAGGUUGAUAGCACAGUCCUAAGCCAAAAAAUAUGGCCAAGGACGGCUGCUCUUGCAGAGCUUACGUGGAGUGGGAAUAAAGUUGUAGGGACAGAAAAAUUAAGAACAAAUUCAUUGACGCAGCGCCUUUUUAACUUCAGAGAAUAUUUGGUAGCUUUGGGAUAUAAUGUAAGUCCUUUAGUCCCCAAAUAUUGUAUCAAGAAUCCUCAUGCCUGUGAUCUUUAA